AACUGCGGGAUUGGUGUUUACAGCGCCAAGAAACGUACCGGGUACGUUCGUAAUUUUGAAUCAGGUUGUCUAUUUAAAUCCGAUUUAAUCGAGUGUUCUUUGCUACGAGAAACGACAAAAUGUCGAUAGGAGUGCCUAUAAAAGUUCUCCACGAAGCCGAAGGACACAUCGUCACCUGUGAAACUAACACCGGCGAGGUGUACCGAGGCAAAUUGGUUGAAGCGGAGGACAACAUGAAUUGUCAAAUGGCGAACAUCACAGUCACCUACAGAGACGGCAGAGUCGCCCAGCUCGAAAAUGUGUACAUCCGGGGAAGCAAAAUUCGCUUCCUGAUAUUACCGGACAUGCUCAAAAACGCUCCUAUGUUCAAAAAGGCCGGCACGAAAACGGCGACCGCGUCGGCCGGCAGAGGGAAGUCGGCAAUAUUACGCGCCCAAGCGGCCAGAGGGCGAGGUCGUGCCAGAGCCCUUUUCCAGAGACGGAAGUAACGCAGACAGCGCUACCCCCAAAGACGACGGCGCCUUGCCUCCAAUCACCUUGGUCAAGUUUCCCGACCCUUGUCCCGUCCCGUAAACUGUACCUUCUUGGCAUCAGCCCACUUCAUUUUCAUUUCAUGUGAAUAAACUUGCGCAUCAGUA